GCAGACGGUAGUGAAAAUGCCUUCUGAUUUCUGCAACGAUUGAAACAAGGAAAAUAAACUGAAAACAAGAUGCAGGUGAUCAGGCCCAAGUCUUCUAAGGGACGCAGCAGACCUAUGAUGGCACACUCUCAGAGGGAAACACCUGUCCAGCCUCCCACACUUUCACCUCAACCUCCAACCAAGUCAAAUGACAAGUUCAACCAAUACCAACCUCAAGCCGUUCUGAGACGCAGAAGUCAACCGUAUACAGAGGUACUGGGUGAAAUCUUUGACAGACCCCCAGAUGAGCCUGCUUCACUGAACAGAUACAGGGUUCUCCCCUCCAUAGAGAAGAAAACAACAGGAAACGUAUCCGGUGGUGAGGAGCAGAAGGCCUUACAGCUGGAUCAUGGUGGCAACAGCCACAGAAUAUGUAGGCACCAGCGUGUUUCAGGUAACCCAACAAAGACCCAGGACAAUGCAGGGAUGAGGAACGUUUUAAAUAGCCCAAACCGCUCAGUUGUGAUGUCAAAGGGGUCUAAAUCAGGGAUCAUGCCACAAGAUGAACCAGACCUGCUGCUUGCUAUCAGAAAUCCAUGUGGUCAAAGAUUCAAGUGCCAUUUCCAUCCAUCAGACAAGCUGCAGGUGGUGCUAUCAAAUGUAGAGGCUGAAUUUGGGGAGAAGUAUGAGAAUUGCAUAAUUGAGACUAUGGAUGUCCCACGUAGGACCUUUAGAAACCUGACAUUGACCUUAGCUCAGUGUGGCGUCCUAAACAAAUCAGUUUUAUGCAUUUCCCAAGAUGACAGCAAUAUGGAUUUAACUUGAAAUGGAUACCUAAAGGGACAAAACAAUCUUUCAUAUCUUUCUUUUCAUGUCAUU